CGUUUGCUUGUUUGAUAUUGGAGCUUUUAACAUAAUUCCGAUGGAUGCUAGAAGUCCAACGACAAUUCAUUUUGAAGAUCUGUUGCCUACUAUGGCCGAUAAGCUAGGAGGUGAGGGAUUGAUCAAAGAGCUAUGUAAUGGAUUUCAGCUGCUCAUGGACGGUAAAAAGGGCUUGAUCACCUUUGACAGCCUCAAGAAAAAAUCUGCUCUUCUUGGAUUGCAAGAUUUCCAGGACGAGGAGAUCAAAAGCAUGAUUAAAGAGGGAGAUUUGGACGGUGAUGGUGCACUUAACCAGCUGGAGUUUUGCAUGUUGAUGUUCAGGUUGAGUCCUGAGCUAACGGGUGGUGCUGGAAGAUUGCUAGAAGAAGCCUUUCCACAGAUUUGAUGCGAUGAUUGCUCCUUUUGAGCACUUUUUCUUUCUUUUGCUUUUAUGUUUGGAAAUUGUCCGACUGCUGAGGAAGGAUUGGUAAUUGAUUGAAAGAUUAGACGAGUGGAGAAGUGAAGAUGAUGGAUUCCUUGUUCAACACCAUGUCAUGUCUCCAUGCCCGUUAAAGCCAUAAAGCUUGCGCCUAACAUGAUUGAUAUUCCUGCUUUUUCUUGCUUACUUUUCGUGAAUGUUUCUAGCAUGGAGAAACCAUUGACCAACGCCAUAAUUUUGCUCUGGACCAUAUGCCACCCUAGAUUACCUACUGAAAAAAAAAAAAGUUACGAUUGACUUCAAGUGUAAAACUAUGCUGAGAGAUGAUUUUUUUUUUUUUAUAAAUAAAAUUUGUAAUGUAUA